AAAUGCAAGAUGUCAUAGAUCUCUUAUUGCAUCACAUUAACAAUUACGUUAAGUAAUGUAAAUAUUUUUUACACUCCUCCUUCCCCUAUAUAUAGACGCACAUAUCAUUUGGUUAAUUAAACUAUAUGAACUACCACUGUUUUUAUGAAUUCCAUUCCUAAAAUGAGUGAGAAAAAAUCAUCACCAAUAGUGAAUAAUGAAGAAAUAGAGAGAAUUAUACAACAACUGCCCAAAAAUGAUUAUUUAUGGAAUAAAUCUCUUUAUCAGUGGGAAGGAUUUUGGUCCAAUCUUGCCAUUAUAAAGGCAGCCCAGGCCUUCAAGGCAACCUUCAAAUCAGAACCUAAUGAUAUUCUCUUGGCAUCUUCCAUGAAAACAGGUUCAACAUGGCUCAAGGCCAUAUGUGUAUCCAUCAUGCAAGGUGGUAAAGAGGAAGAAGAAGAUCUUUUAGUUAAGGAUAAUCCUCAUUUUCAUGUUCCAACAAUAGAGGCCAUGGAUUAUUAUUCAAAAACUCCAACACAUGAUCUAUACACAAUGCCCUCUCCAAGAUUAUUUCACACACAUUUACCUUAUAGGGUUAUGCCAGAUUCAAUAAAAAAUUCUGAUAAUUGCAAGAUUAUAUACAUAACAAGAAAUCCUAAAGAUACCUUGAUUUCUAUGUGGCAUUUCUUUAACUAUAAUCAUAAGUGUUUAGAAGAUCUCUCUCCUUUAGAAGAAGUUGUGGAGUACUUUUGCAAUGGGGUUCAUCAAUAUGGACCAUUUUUUGAACAUGUUCUUGAAUAUUGGGAAGAAAGUAAAAAAAGGCCUCAAAAAAUGUUAUUCUUGAAGUAUGAAGACUUGAAGAUAGACCCUAAGAAAGAGGUAGCAAAAAUAGCCUUGUUUCUUGGAAAACCUUUUGGUAAUGAAGAAGAUUUGGAGAUAGUUUUGAAGAAGUGUAGCUUGGAGAGGCUUAAGAAUUUGGAGGUUAAUAAGAGUGGAUCAAUCUUCUCUACUGUCCACAAUAAUGCAUUUUUCAGAAAAGGAAUUGUUGGGGAUUGGAAGAAUCACAUGACACCUGAAAUGGAAGAGCAACUUGACAAGAUUACCAAGUUGAAGCUUCAAGGGAGUGGCCUUGAAUUUGAUACUUAUAAACAAGAAGUAUUGAAAACACCGUGAACUACUUGAAGUGAAUUAUUAGUUUCAUUCUUGAAUUAUUGAUAGUCUUAAAAACAUCAUCUAUUUGGCUAACUCAACGUAGAUACACCUCGAUCUGCGACAUAGCAUAGCAAGUCGUCUCAAACUCUUGUACGAGCAUGAAACUCUUAAUAAAAAGCCGAGGUGUAUUUAAGUUCAGUUAGUCAAAUAAUGGGUAUAAAGUUGUUAAAAUUUAGAAACGAAAAUAAUAAUUCAUGUCGUCAAAUUUAGGAAUGUACUUUAAUAAGCUUUUCUAUUACUUUAUCCGAAUGAGUAAUAAGUUAGGGUUG